ACUCCAAAGUCGAUUUAUCGAUUAGUCGAAAGUCUUCUUUGGGAUUCCUAUUUUGGCUAGUUGUCCAGAAAUUAACAAAAUCAUAAUACUCAAAUAAUCAUCUCCAAUCAUUAUGGGUUCCACGAAACUUAAAGAAGAUUUAAACAAUUGUUUGGUUACCUUCGAUCGCAGAGUUCUGAUGACCCAGCUGCUGGACGAUUACAAGCUGACUCACAACGAAGUCAAUAGCAUUGUUGGCGAUUUUGUUAAGGAACAGGAGAAAAAACAAAAGCUAAAAUUUGAAAAGUUCUAUGUGGUCCAUGGCAAGCAGCGUAAGGAGAAUAAAGACUACAAGGAAAUCUACAAGGUGGUGGAAGAAGCCAAAUUGAAGGAUUGGAUGAAAAAGUUGGAAAAUGCAGAAUCCGCACUGUAUGCAAUCGAAGUGGCGGGAGGAGCCAAAACGCCGGCAGCCAUAUUCAAGCCCAUGAGUGUUGAGCAAGGUGUUAAACAAAGAGCUGGUAUGAAUGGUCAUGUCAACAAUGGUUCAGGGAAUGAUAAACCAGUGACAUCUAAAGAAAUCAAAAACGAGAAGAAGGAAGUCAAACAGCCAGAGGCCAAGAAAGAGAGUCCAACAAAAAAACCUACACAGUCAGUGAAAACUGAAAAGAAACCAUCGCCCAAAAUUGAAAAACCUUCCCCUGAGAAAUCCAGCAAGCCAGCCGCUAAAAAAGGAAGCAUCAACAACUUCUUUGGCUCAUCCUCGUCAGCAAAAAAGAAUGAAGACUCUAAGCAGCAAACCAAAUCAUCAAGCGGUGCGGUUAAACCUCCCACACCCAAGAAAAUGGAAGAUUUCUUUAAAAAGCAAGCAGAGAAACCAAAAUCGGCUACUGAAAGUACCAAAAAGUCGUCAUCAUCCUCAAAUACCUCCGUGCAACUUUUCAAUGAUGAUGAAGAGGAAGAGCCUGAAGUUGUCUCCUCAGAUGAGGAGGAAAAUUUGGAAGCCCUUAAGAGAGAUAUCAUUUCAUCAGAUGUCGAAAUGGAAAACGAUGAUGAAAAGGAAGAGAAAAAACCAGCAGCCUCUAAGCGUAGACGUAUCAUAGAUUCCGAUGAUGACGAUGAGGAAGAUCAACAGCCAUCGGUGAAACAAGAAAAGUUGGAUGAAGCUACCAAGAAGGAAAAGGAUGAUGAUGAUGAGGAUGAACCAGCUUCACAAAAUGAAACCUAUUUAGAUGAAGAUGGCUUUGUCAUAACUAAAAAGGCCAAACAGAAAGCACAACCCACAAAAAAGAAAUCACCUGCCAGCGCUUCGUCCUCGGCUAGCGUCAAGAAAUCGCCUACAAAGAAAACUUCUCCACAGGAAUCCAAAAAAUCAUCACCAAAAUCCUCCAAGACUACACCGCCAACAGCUGGAAAUAAAACGAAACAGCAGAAUAUUAUGAGUUUCUUUACGAAAAAGUAGAAAAGAUCUAAGAUGUUCCAGGGGCAGAUUUUCCAGAGCCCGUAACUAUCUUUGAAAAAGAAAAUGAAAUAACUUUUUGUUAUGCUUCUUCUGGUUAGUUUUUAUAUAUCAUAGUCUUUAAGAAUGUAUUAUAAACAAUAAGAAAGAACGUUUAAAAUGAA